AUGGCUGCGAAGUCCUCAGAGCCGGGGUCAGUUUCCAUUCCCAUGGAGGAGACUAAGCGUGCGGGAGGAGCCCCUCAAGAUGCUGCCAUGCUGACCCACCUGAAGAAGGUGGAGAACCAUAUCACUGAGGCACAGAGGUUUUCUCACCUGCCUCGGCGUUCAGCAGUCGACUUGGAGUUUACAGAGCUUUCCUACACCAUCCGUGAGGGCCCCUGUUGGAGGAGGCGAGGAUUUAAGGCCCUUCUGAAGUGUCUGUCCGGAAAGUUCUGCAGUCGGGAGCUUAUCGGAAUCAUGGGACCCUCCGGGGCCGGCAAGUCUACUCUCAUGAACAUUCUUGCCGGCUAUAGAGAGACAGGCAUGAAAGGACAAAUUCUGGUGAACGGGCGACCCCGUGACCUCCGCACCUUUCGAAAAAUGUCAUGUUACAUUAUGCAAGAAGACAUGCUACUGCCAAACCUAACAACACGAGAGGCAAUGAUGGUUUCUGCUAACCUUAAACUUAAUGAAAAUAUGGACGUGAAAAAAGAACUGGUGAAUGAGAUCCUCACAGCAUUAGGACUGCAGGAGUGCGCCCAAACUCGCACCAUCUCCCUGUCUGGUGGCCAGUGUAAGCGGUUGGCUAUUGCUCUGGAGCUGGUCAACAACCCUCCUGUCAUGUUUUUUGAUGAACCCACCAGUGGUCUAGACAGCGCGUCCUGUUUCCAGGUGGUGUCCUUGAUGAAAUCUCUAGCUUUGGGAGGAAGAACCAUUAUCUGUACGAUCCACCAGCCCAGUGCAAAACUAUUUGAAAUGUUUGACAAGCUUUAUAUCCUGAGUCAAGGUCAGUGUAUAUAUAAGGGGACGGUACCGUACCUUAUCCCUUACCUGAAAAACCUUGGACUCCACUGCCCCACAUACCACAAUCCUGCAGACUUUAUAAUCGAGGUCGCCUCAGGAGAGUACGGUGAUCUGAACCCUGUGCUCUUCGAGGCUGUUCAGGGAGGCCUGUGUUCAGAUGAGAGCAAGAAGAACUCCAUUGACAAGAAUGACCCCACCACAUCCUGCCCCUCCCAGUGUUAUAAUGAUUCAGGCUACAUUGAGAAACACACUUUUGCCACCAGUACCUUCACACAGUUCUGCAUCCUCUUCAAGAGAACCUUCAUCACAAUAUGCAGGGACACGGUAUUAACCCACCUGAGGGUGAUGUCACACCUGUGUAUCGGCGUGCUGAUUGGUCUGCUGUACCUGAACAUUGGGAAUGAUGCCAGCAAAGUGUUCAACAACACUGGCUUCUUGUUCUUCUCCAUGCUGUUUCUCAUGUUUGCUGCACUCAUGCCCACCGUUCUUACAUUUCCAAUGGAGAUGUCAGUGUUCAUGAGGGAACAUCUUAAUUACUGGUACAGUCUAAAGGCGUAUUACCUGGCUAAGACCAUGGCUGACAUUCCAUUUCAGGUCAUUUGUCCGAUAAUGUACUGCAGUAUAGUGUACUGGAUGACAAAGCAGCCUCCAGAGGCUGCAAGGUAUCUGCUCUUUAUGGCGCUGUCCACCUCCACUGCCUUAGUGGCUCAGUCUCUGGGGCUUCUCAUUGGAGCGGCAUCCACCUCACUGCAGGUUGCCACAUUUGUAGGUCCAGUCUCUGCCAUCCCAGUUCUUCUGUUCUCGGGCUUCUUUGUCAACUUUGACACCAUCCCCAAAUACCUUCAAUGGAGCUCCUAUGUGUCGUACGUCAGGUAUGGUUUUGAGGGUGUGAUCCUCUCCAUCUAUGGCAUGAACCGCUCAGAGCUGGAGUGUCCCGGCGUGGUGUGUAAGUUCCAGAAACCAGAAGAGGUGCUGCAGCUGCUGGAUGUGGAGGAUGCUAAGCUCUACGUAGACUUCAUUGUGCUGGGGCUCUUUUUCGUAAUUCUGAGACUUGCCACGUACCUUGUUCUGCGGUAUAAAGUCAAGUCAGAGCGUUAGGGCCGGAGCUCCUCUUCAGACAUAAAUUUUAUUUAACAUACACAUAAACUCAUAAAUGCACAUAAAAAUCUUUUUGCAAUGGACGCAGAAACCAAUGCACAUUGAUUACGGGCCAUUUUUUGGCAGUGCAACAUUUAUCCUCAGUUUUUGUUACUUGAAAAGUAUUUUAAAUUCUCUAAGUAUAGAAUAGUGAAUUAAUAUGGAGGUUUUUUACUUUAACUUUUAUUUUUUGAAUGUAUUCCAUGCAGUUUAACUGUAAAUGUACCCGUUACUGAACAUUGAAGCAUGAGUCUGUUGACAGGAUUGGAUGUAUUUACAUUGACAAUCUCAUGACAGCUCCCAAUAGCAUGUGCAUUGGCCAACAGCCAACAUGUGAACAAGUCUCUUUAUACCAGAUUGAAGGAUUAUCAUAUUAUCUCACUGUUAAUGCAUUUAAAUUCAGACCAAGCUGAAGAACAUCAUCAAUAUGUGUUUAGGAAGAGAGUGCGAUGCAUGCUUCGGGCACUUAAGGACAUGCAGGCAGCAGAACCAAGAACUCUGACUGAGGUGUUCGGGAUAUCCUAGACUAUAAGAAUCGUCCAACCAGCGUAUCUUCAAUUCCAUUUUUGUCUUCCCACAAUACACUGAGCUUGAGGAGAAAAUAUCUUCUGCAACCUGCUGAACAUAAAGACUUUCAUGAUCUCCCAAGGCAAUUCUGGGCAAAGCCACGCCAACCUAAAUCCAACCUUCUGAGGAAUGUUGAAGCAAGUGCCCUUGAUGUGAACUGCCUAUCAUUUUUUUCUGAAGGGGAUCUGAAAUCUUGUUUGAGAAACAUUUCGGCAUUUUGUCAGCAUCCAUCUGUCUCGUUACCUUGAAUUAUCUGACAACUGCCUCUUUGGUAUCCUGAGAGAUAAACAAACUAUAGUUUGUGGGCUUUUGCUCUCUCGUUUUCAUCAGGAGGGAUCAAACCUUGAACUUGUACAAUAAAAAUCUCCCUACAGUGACCAAAAAGAUUUUAAAAAACUCCACUGAAUUUACCGCAUUCAGCCAGGAACGACAUAUCAAAUGUCAGAAAAACAUUUGCAAUCCUAAUGACUGAUAUUUAACAUCUUAUACGAACAUCCAUUACUGUUUAUAUAGGACUCGCUGGCCUGUUUCUUUAUGCUUCUUUUGCGACUGUUCCCUGGACACUUAAUCUGCACUGCUGAGGAUAUCAGGACAUUUGCAGAUAGUUGACACGAUCAUAUAGAUGCUGGAUGAACACUUUAUGCCAUCUUCAAUGUGCUUUUCUGGAUGGAUUAAUCUAUGACUCUUCUUUGCACUUGUAUGUACACUUCCUCUUCCCUGCUUCUCCCCCCUAACAGCCAGGCUAUUCAAUACCGCAAUGCAAACAUCUUCACAACAAGUGACUCAAUGGAAUAUUUUUGAGUCCUGCUAUGUGUUAUGUCUCCUUAUAUAAUGAAGACUACUAAUAAUCUGAGUAUACACAAAGAAAAGUAUAUGUGUUAUGCUUUAAGCAAGACUGUAAAUACAUGUAUGCACUUUUUUGAUGUUGUUUUAUUAACUUUUUUGGACAUUCGUUAAUUUUAUUUUUAUAUCCUUAAAUAUGACAUGCAAUUCUGGAAAAGGGAGUGUUGUGACUGGAAACUGCAUGAUGAAUUUGGAAUCAAAACACAAGGUGCUGUGACUGAGGAAUUUUUGUUGCACAUGUGUUGUAAUACAGAAAAUACUCCCAAGUUUUUGAAUAAUCUGCUGCGGGUUAAUUUUAGGACCUCUUGUUUUUGUUUUAGAAUGUUG